GCACGCCGUCUUUUAUAGCUAAUCAACCCCCUAUUGGACGGUCCAGAUUAAAUAUUUUCAAUCUUAGGUGCAGAUAGAGAGAGAGUGAGUCGCCGGUUUCUGGGUGGCCUGGACGGCGAAAUGGGGAAGGAUCGGAACGGACCUGCUCGAGAUGAAGAAAUAGGAGUGAGAGGGGAUGUGGAGGAGCGAGGAGAUGAGGAGCCGGCGAGAAGAGAGCGCCAGAAGAAGGCGAAGAAGAGGAAAGAGGAGAGCAGCGGCGAUAGCUCCGGUGAUUCCGAUAGCGAGAAAGCACGAGAAAAGAAGAGGAAAAAGAAGGGGGGGAUGAGCAGAGGAUCCCGUAAGAGGGAUGCAUACAGUGAGUCUGAGGAUGAAAGCUCCUAUUCCGAUUCGUAUUCCGAGUCGGAAACGGGCUCGGAGGGGGAUUCCGAGUCGGAUUCAGAGUCGGAGUCUGAGAGCGAGGAGGAGUUGAGGAGGAGGAGGAAGCGGAAGGAGCGGAGAAGGAAGGAGAGGGAGCAUGAGAAGGAAAGACGCAGGAGGAAGGAGAAGGAAAGGGAGAGGAGGAGGAAGAGGGAAAAGGAGGAGAGGAGGAGGAGGAGGAAGGACAGAAAAAAGGAGAAGGAGAAGAAGAAGAAAGAUAAGGAUGGAGUGACAAAGGGGGCCGUCACGAACUCAUGGGGGAAGUACGGUGUUAUCAAAGAGACCGACAUGUGGAACAAACGGCCGGAGUUCACUGCGUGGUUAGCUGAAGUUAAACAGGUUAAUUUGGAAACGUUGCCAAACUGGGAAGAGAAACAGAUGUUCAAACAAUUCAUGGAGGAUCAUAAUACAGCCACAUUUCCGUCGAAGAAGUACUAUAAUUUAGAUGCUUAUUAUCGACGCAAGAUGGAUAAUGAGAAAAAGAAGGGCACUAAGAAGGUCAUUGCAACGGAGCGUACAGCUUUUAAUGAUGAGGAACAACGAAGACAAGAGUUGUUGUUGGAGCGCGAAAAACAGAAGGAAGCGAAGGUGGAUGAAUUGAAACGCUCCAUGCAGAGUGGAAUGGCGCAAGCGAUGAAGGAACAAGCUCGUCUGAGGGAGGAGAUGGCCUAUCAGUAUAAGCUAGGAAAUUUUGAGGCUGCUGCUGCUAUUCAGAGAAGAUUGGAUCCAGAUGCUGCACUUUAACAUGUUUUCAAGUCACUGCUGGAAUUCAACUAGUAUGUUGCUGAUGUAACUUAUCUUUCCAUGAACUGUUCUUUAAAUUCUAACAUGAAGACAUAUAAUUAAUUCUAUUCAAAAUCAGCUCGUUUUU